AGAGGAAGUGCGAAGUAGAUACAGGAACCAAAAAAGGGUUAUAGAGGCUGUUUUACAGUGUCUCAUUCAGUUCCGUUGUGGUCCUCCUCUUCAGUGCAUGCCAAAGGAGUUCCUCACAACCUCUGGACAAGAGCAUCUUGGAUGUGGGACAAUGGAAGACUUGGAUGCCUUAUUGGAGGAACUGGAAUCCUCCAUCCUCCAGAACAGUGAUGAACCUUCCAGCCCGGAUCCUCUUCCUUUGGAUAAGCAUUCCAGAAAGGAGAAUAACCUUAAAGAGACUUCAACUACUCUUUCGGAUCAGGAUGACACAAGUCCUUUGCCAGCGCAGCUCGUGUAUACUACCAAUAUCCAGGAGCUCAAUGUCUACAGUGAGAUCCAGGAGGCAAAGAAAUCACCACCACCUUCUAAAACUUCAGCAGCUACACAGUUGGAUGAGCUCAUGGCCCACCUGAAUGAAAUGCAGGCCAAGGUUGUGGUGAAAGCUGAUGCUGGCAAGAAGCACUUACCAGACAAGCAGGAUCACAAGGCUUCCCUGGACUCCAUGCUAGGGGGGUUGGAACAGGAAUUACAGGACCUUGGCAUUGACACAGUGCCCAAGGGCCAUUGUGCUUCCUGCCAGAAACCAAUUGCUGGGAAGGUGAUCCAUGCUCUAGGGCAAUCGUGGCAUCCAGAGCACUUCGUCUGUACUCACUGCAAAAAAGAGAUUGGAUCUACUCCAUUCUUUGAGCGGAGUGGCUUGGCCUACUGCCCCAAGGACUACCACGAUCUUUUCUCUCCACGGUGCGCUUACUGUGCCGCUCCCAUACUGGAUAAAGUGCUGACGGCAAUGAACCAGACCUGGCACCCAGAGCACUUCUUCUGCUCUCACUGUGGAGAGGUCUUUGGCACAGAAGGCUUUCAUGAGAAGGACAAGAAGCCUUAUUGCCGAAAGGAUUUCUUAGCCAUGUUCUCACCAAAGUGUGGUGGCUGCAACCGCCCAGUGUUGGAAAACUACCUUUCAGCCAUGGACACUGUCUGGCACCCAGAGUGCUUCGUGUGUGGGGACUGCUUCAGCACUUUUAAUACUGGCUCUUUCUUUGAAUUGGAUGGACGUCCUUUCUGUGAGCUCCAUUACCAUCGCCGCCAAGGAACCCUCUGCCAUGGGUGUGGGCAGCCCAUCACCGGCCGCUGCGUUAGUGCCAUGGGGCACAAGUUCCAUCCCGAGCACUUCGUGUGUGCCUUCUGCCUGACACAGUUGUCGAAGGGCGUCUUCAGGGAGCAGAAUGACAAGACCUAUUGUCAGCCCUGCUUCAAUAAGCUCUUCCUGCUGUAAUUUCAACCGGUCCACAGCUGUUCCUAAUCCCCUAUAAAAUUUAAAGAUAGAGAGAAAAGAGUAAACUUCCUGUUACUGACCUUCUGCUUCCUAGGCAUAUGGAGAAAAUGAAGAUGAUAAACAAAUAAAGGAACUCCUAGAUUUUACAUGACACAGUUUGUAAUUUUAUCUUUUAGGCUUCAAAUCUGAUUGCUUGUCUUUUUAAUCAGGUACUUGGAGUUAGAGCCAGGUCCUGCUAUCUAGUUUCUCUGCAGAUGUAUUUUCCACAUGGGCAAGUCAUUCCAACACUGGUUUUCUCAGAUUUGUCCAUUGUCACCUCUACUGAUGACCCUGCUCAGGGCUUCUCUUUUUUGGUCCUCAAUAGCUAUUCCUUUUUAAAGCUUCUUCUAUCUCCCUGUGGCUCACGGUCUCAUAAUCACUGCUGUGGAAUAAUGAUACACUCUGCCACAGUUUGCAUCUUCUUUCAAUGCAUUUUUCUUUUUCAAGAGGAAGUAGAUUUUAAGUAUAGACAACUUUGAGUUCUGACAUCGCUGGUGAAUAAAUGACUUUUGGUCUUAAU